AUGAGUGAGGGGAUGUUAUCUAAGUCGAGCCUGCUACUGUUGAUAUACGAAAUUAUAAAGGUGAAUAAUGAGAUAUUGCAGAAAAGUGAGUUAGAAUUGAGCAGCGAUGUUUCUGACGAUGACAACGUUGGGGGGGGGUCAACAGAGAAGAGGUUACCCUACGGUGAGGAGGAGGUGUCAGGAAGUCCCCCUCUGCAGGAGGGUAAUAUUAGCGGAGGGGUUCGCGACGAUGCGGUUCGCGAUGAUGCGGUUUGCGACGAUGCGGUUCGCAACGAUGCAGUUUGCGAUGGUGCGAAUGGAAACCUGCUAGGAGAUCGCACCGCCUCCCCCAACGCGAAUAAGCCAAGCGGAACAGGCAAGGACAGCCCCACGCACCCACCACGCAGCGCCGAGGAAAAAAAGCUAGCCAGUAUUUUAUCUAGCAAAUUAAAGGGCAUGGGAAAAGACAUCGGCAGGAAGCUCAUCGAGAGAGUACUCAUUUACAAAAACGACUUUAAUGACCUUAAGGACAUUGCCAAACUGAUCGGAAGAGACGUGUGGGUAAUUCUGUUCAAUAAAAAUGUAGAUAAAAUACAGACUUACAAAAAAGGGGUGUAUGUACUUAUCGACAACGACAUAGGCACUUACCUAAACCAUUUGCUUCUCGACAAUGACACGAACCAAAAGUCCAACUUUACUCACUACGUGCUGGUGCUAAUACUUGGCAUCAUUAAAGGCAUUCUGAAGCGGUUCCGCAUGAAGGGUUCCGUCACCUACACCCUGGAUUACCCCACGUGUACGGCCAUGGAAAAAGAAAGAAAAAAAAAAAAAAAAGGAAACGCAAAGGAACGGAACGGAAAGGAGAAAGAGAGCCCCGCUAACGUGUGA